GUAUAUUUAGUAAAAAAUAGUUUUCGAAGAAUAUAUUAAUAAAAUCGAAAAUUAUUCAUUAAAAAGCUUGAAAAUUAUUAUCAAAUCUAAAGUAUUUGGAUAGAUAAAUGUUUUAUCCAAUCAACGAAGGCUAAAGCUGCGUUGAGUGCAAUUUAGAGAAUUGUGGAAGACCAAGCUAGGGUCAUAUGAUUCAGCCUUCUGUCAUACAACGGUAUAAGACUUUGUUCGCAGCGAAUUACGAAUAUCGCCCUUAUCGGAGAUUAACACGCGCGCGAUAUAUGUUCACUUGAAUCGGGCUAAUAUAAUUUAUAUUUGACAUUGUUUCUGAUCCUCGACCAAGCAUGUCAUUUUUUGGAGUCAACGUAAACCCCUUUUCAACGCCAGUUGGCCAAAAGAUUGAGCAAGCUACAGACGGUGGUUUGCCUAGUGAAAAUUGGGCACUUAAUAUGGAAAUAUGUGAUAUUAUUAAUGAGACAGAAGAUGGACCUAGAGAUGCUAUUAAAGCAAUUAAGCGCAGACUUAAUCAAGCUGCUGGCAAAAAUUAUACUAUAGUAAUGUAUACGCUUACUGUAUUAGAAACUUGCGUGAAAAAUUGUGGAAAACGUUUUCAUGCUCUUGCUUGUUCACGAGAAUUUGUACAAGAAUUGGUUAAAUUAAUUGGACCGAAAAACGAACCGCCAACUGCUGUACAGGAAAAAGUUUUGAAUCUUAUUCAAACAUGGUCAGAUACAUUUUGUCAUCAAGCACAUACUCAAGGAGUUGUGCAAGUCUAUCAGGAAUUAAAAGCAAAAGGCAUACAAUUUCCAAUGACUGAUUUGGAUGCAAUGGCACCUAUUAUUACUCCUCAAAGAAGUGUACCUGAAACAGAACAAAUCUCAGGGAAUUUGCCUGUAAAUGAUCAACAUAUUUCAAACUCUACGGUGACGCAACAACAAUCACAAUUACAAUCAUCUAGUCAGUUAACUCAAUUGAAUGAGCAACAGUUGGCAAAAUUACAAAGUGAACUGGAUGUUGUACAAGGCAACAUGCGUGUUUUAUCAGAAAUGUUAACAUAUUUGACGGAUCAAACUUCCACUCAACCACCAGAUUCUGCUGAUCUUGAAUUAUUGACGGAAUUGUAUGCAACAUGUAAAGCGAUGCAAGAACGUGUAGUAGAUUUAAUUGGAAAACUGGCCAAUGAUGAAAUGACAGCUGAAUUAUUGCGCAUAAAUGAUGAAUUAAAUAAUCUGUUCUUGCGUUAUUCAAGAUAUACAAAAAAUAAAGCUGUACCUGCAAGUACUAUAUUAGCUCAAACAAUAGGUCAACCACCAAAUAUUGAUUCGAAUGCAGAAUCAACAAAAAAAGAGGCAGAUUCACUUAUAGAUUUGUCAGACGAAUCUGAUGCUUUACAGAAGCAGGUGGCAGCAAUGGGUAUAUCUGAAACUAAUGAUAAUCUUAGGGUAGAAAAAAAAGAAAAAAAAGGAGAUAGCGAUGAAUUUGAUAUGUUCGCACAGUCCCGUAAUGCAACAUACGAGACAACAAAAAACAGUGGUAGCAAAUAUGAAGAUAAUAUGGAACAGGUGAGCGGAGGAAGUCUAAGUUCAGCAAUUCUCAAUCGUAACAAUCCUAAGUAUUCCCAUCAAACUGCUUCUACUACUGCUACUACUACUACUACUUCUUCUACUACUACUACUACUACUGCUGCUGCUGCUGCUGCUACUACUACUACUCUCAACCGGGAAUCAGAGUUCAGUGAAAUGGCAGCUUGGCUUAGUCAUACGCCUGCUGUACAAGGUGACCAAGAAUCUUUAACAUCAUCAGAGUUUGAACGUUUUUUAGCAGAGCGAGCAGCUGCUGCUGAAGCUCUCCCUACACUUUCAACUACAACAACCCCAUCAAAUACUUCGAACUCUGGAAAUCCAAAUAUUCAGCGUCAAAUUAAUAAAGAUCAAGAUAAAUCUUUAUUUGCUCUGUAAAUGUUGCUGUCAAAUCUCUUGUAAAGCAGAUGAUAAAAGACAACACAGCUCUACACUAACUAAAGUCUUUAAUGCCUCUACCUGCAUCUGUUAUAUUAAUGUUCAUAUUAAUUUAAUUAAUUAAAUGCAAAAAUAAAGAGAAAAAAAAUAAGAAUCAGGGAAAGAGAGGCAAACGAGUGCGCAUUAUGCAUUAAAUUUGCUUUUUUUACGUACUUAACAAGCGUAGUAUCACGCAGUAUCUAUUGGAAUAUUUUUGUUAUAAGUUCUUACUUAUAAUGGAUAAGUAAUGAUAAAAUAGAAAUCUAAAGAAAAUGUAUGUUAAUGAGGGGGAGGGGCUGCAACUUCUUCAGUAGAAUGAUAAAAAGUAUUAAUUUUUUUUAUUUGUAUAUAUAGAAAAUCCUAUAUUUACAAAAUUAUAUUAAAUU